GUAGAUCUUUGAACACAUGAUCAAACCUGUGAUGGUUAGUUGUAAGUUAACAUCCAUUAAACACAACUUGUUCCUAAAUUUCAAACUGUGACAGUUUGACCUUUCAGAGAGAAAAGCUAUUGGUCUUAGGUGCGUUUUGAACCAUAAUGUGACCAUAUAAUGUUUCAAAUUUCCAGUGUUUACAUUCAGGGGUUUUUUCUAUUAUGUGCAAAUUGAAAAUACAAAUAAGAACAAGUGGGUGGAAACAUAAAUACUAAUAGGACAAAGUUUACUUAGUCCCAUUUUUUGGUCAUUUUGCAUUGCAAUAUCAAUGCACAGUAAAUCAUCACAUAGUAGAUUUUCAGAUCGAUAUUAUAAAUAACAAGGUCGGCUAACAGAACAUUUCCUAAAUGGAUUAAAAAGAGAUAAAUUAUAAGAUAUUAAAUUCUUCUGAUUUGUCCACUGAAUAAGAUCAGACUUUCAAAGCAAAACCUGUCUGUAGCUGCACCUUCUUUUUCUCUUUCUAUCAUCUCUCUAUCGUCAGCCCAUCUUACAUUUUUAUCCUCCAUGUAGUUGGCAGACUGUCCCACUUCCCUCCCCUCUACAUUUUGCAUUCCAGCUAAAUGGUGAGCCGCCCUCGCUUUCAUAACCCCAUCAAAAAAAAAAAAAAAAGAUUCCCUCAUGUGUGAGAAGAGAUCCAUGCCUGCUCAACAGAAAACAAUGCUAGCCUUUCUGCCCUGGCAUGAGAGGAGGAGAGGGAGGGAAAGAAAGAAAGAAAGAAAGAAAUGGAGAUUGAGAGGUCUUUGUGUGGCCAGUGAGAGUUUGUGGAUCUGAGAGAAAGAAAAGCUGCUGAUGUCCCCCCACAGACUGACAGCACUGGGCUUUGAUGUGGAUCUUCAUGUGUCGCAGGGAGACGUGGACAACUCAGAGGACAUGGACCGUCUGAACAGGAACAUGCCCGAGUGUGGACGGCAAACCCACCAGGUGUUACAGAGCACCCCGCUGGACCUAAUCGAGAGUGGGAAGGGGCUGAAGUUCCAGGCGGAGCGCCCCCACCUGGUCAGCCUGGGUAGUGGACGCCUGAGCACCGCCAUCACCUUGCUGCCCCUGCCUGAGGGCCGGACCACUCUGGGUCAUGGUUCCAUGGACAUCAGCAUCCAGGGCCCCGGGGUGGCUGCCCAGCACUGCUACAUCGAGAACAGGUCGGGGCUCAUCACGCUGUACCCCUGCGGGAAUCUGUGCGCCAUCGAUGGGCUCCAGGUCACGCAGCCGGUCCGGCUGUCGCAAGGCUGUAUGCUGUGUUUUGGCCAGUCAAACUUCUUCCGCUUCAACCACCCUGAAGAAGCCUUCAGGAUGAAGAGCAUGAUGCCGCAGGCAGGAAGCGUCUCCACCGGGGACUACAGGAUGUGUGCAGACACAGAGAGCUUGGUCAAUGGGAAUCACCAGCCCAGUCCGGCCCAGUCUCCCCCAGCUCCUGGAGAGAGAGUCCAGUCCGAGCACAGUGCGAUCGUCAGCUCCAUUGAGAAGGACCUCCAGGACAUCAUGGACUCCCUAGCCAUGGACGACCCUCAGCCUUCUUCCCUGGAGGCCAAGAAGCCUCCCGGAGGCCAAGCGGUUCCUCACUCCCCCCUGUCGCCGAUGGUCAACGGAGGGGGCCGGUAUCUGCUGUCCCCUCCCACCAGCCCAGGGGCCAUGUCCGUGGGGUCCAGCUAUGAGAAUACAUCCCCUCCCUUUUCCCCCCUGUCCUCACCCUCAGCUGCCAGCAGUGGGAGCUUUACCAGCCCAUCUCCGAGUGGAGGACCCCAGGACCAGAGUUCUUCUCUGCCGCCAGUGCCUGUACGCUCCUCUAGCUACAAUUUCACCUCCCAGCCUCCGCCUGUACCCCAGCCACGGACCAUACUGCCUAACUUCAGCAGCGGUGGGGGGGCGGGACAGAAGGUCCAGGAAAGCCCCAGGCUGCAGAGGAAAGUCUUAACAGAAACUCCUCCAAGCCCCAAGCCAAGUCGCAGAGGACUGGGCCAAGAUGGGUCUGAGAGCCCUCGACAGACCGCCCUCCUGUCCUCUAACGAAUCUCUCAAUAGUAGAAACAUUGUGCCAAGUAGCCCCAGACUCACUCCCAAAUUCCCCACCUGCUCAUCCCCGUCUCCCUCCAGUCCCAGGACCAAGACGACCACGGUGCUCCAGGAAAGGCCUGCCAGCCCUUACAGAGAGCAGCCCGCUCUAGCUGAUCGCUCCCUCACCUCCAGCCCCUCCAGGCAGCUUUCCCAGCCCACCAGAGCCUUCCAGCCUCCCUUGGAUCCCAUUGUCCACAUCAUCCAAGGAUCGCCGCUACAGCAGCAUCCACGUUCACUGCAGCCCCCCGAAAGCCCUCGCAUGGGCAGGAGGAACCUGGAGCUGAACGGAGGCGGCGGAGCGAGCAGCAGCACUAUGAGAGAGCUGCCGCCUCUUAGCCCCUCCAUGGCUCGGAGAGGGGUCCCGGUUCUCCCAGGGGCGCUACCAGGGACAGUCCCCAGCUUGAGGACUCCAGAUAGUCCCUCAGGUCUUGCUAAGCUCGUUCCAGAGAGUCCCAGGCUCAGACGAAAGAGUGGGUCCACAUCUGAGGAGACGAUGUGCAGCAGGGGGAUCAGAGCCCGCAGUCCUUCACCUACCUCUGCGAUGAUGGAGGGUGGCGGCGGCGGUGGUGCCGGGGUACGAAAGGCCAGCUUUGGAAACACUCUGUCUCCUGCUUACAGUCUGGGCUCCCUGCCUGGCUCGUCCCCUGUAGCCAGCCCCAGGACCCACAGGAAGAUGUCCGCAGGGAGACCCCACCCUGGGAUGAGGGAGAGGAAGAACAGCAUCACGGAAAUCAGCGACAAUGAGGACGAGCUGCUGGAGUACCACCGGCGGCAGAGAGAGGAGAGGCUCCGAGAGCAGGAAAUGGAGAGACUGGAGAGACAGCGACUAGAGACCAUCCUGAACCUCUGUGCUGAAUACAACAAAGGAGAGAGCCCCGGUCUGGACCCUCUGGGCUCGGCGAGGACGGGUUUCCCCGGGGGGCUGGCAGACGGCUCUGGGCGCAGACUGUCCAUGGAGAACGUCCUGGGAGGGACGCCGUCCUCGGCAACGCUCCGCCUGGCGCAGAGGCUGAGGGAGAGCGAUGAUGAGAACCUGAAGGAGGAGUGUAGUAGUACGGAGAGCACUCAUCAGGAGGUGAGGACGUCUCCUGCUCUCAGCACAGCAUCAGCUCUGCACAAUGGAGACAGACAGCACGAGGACUCCAGCUCAGGCAGCGCAGGUCGUCUGGAGCUGGGUUACCUGGUGGACGAGCGGGUUCGUGUUCUGGCUCGGAUCGACGAGCUCAAAACUCGACUGACUGAGCUGGAGCAGCAGCUGCAGGAGUCCAAACAAGAGGCGGAGAUGGAGCGCGCCUUGCUGCAGGGCGAGAGGCAGGCGGAGCUCGACCAGAUGGAGGCUGAGACGGACAUCAUCACUCAGCUGCAGCACAAGCUGGACGAGCUGGAGAGCGCCAUCCAGAGGGAAAAAGACAAGGAGAGGGCUAAUGUUGAGGCCGAGCGCCGGGCCCUGCAGAGCCUCCAGGAGGGCUACGCUGAGCUGAAGAACCAGCUUCAUAACUGUCCCGAGUCCCUGCGAGAACAGUUGCAGGAACAGCUCAAAAGGGAUGGAGAGACGUUGGAAGCAGGAACCAAAAAGUUUGAGGACCUGGAGUUUCAGCAGCUGGAGAGAGAGAGCAGCCUGGAGGAGGAGAGAGAAACCAUCAGUCAGCAGCUGCUGCAGGAGAGAGCGGAGUACCACAGCAGCGUGGCCAAGAGGAAGGAGAAGGUGUCUGCUCUGGAGAACCAGGCCAACCAGCUCAGCCUGCAGGCGUCUCAGGAGUGUGAGCGUCUGACUAAAGACAGAACCCUCACACUGCAAAUGCUGCAAAAGGAGAAGGAGAGGCUGUUGGCCUUGGAGAAGAGAUACCACAGCCUGACUGGAGGGAAGAGCUUCCCCAAGUCGUCCACUGCAAUGAGAGAGGAAAUGCUCCAUAUCAGCGAGGCUGACCUGUUGUUGGAGGAUGUCCACUCCUCCCAGCAUUCCCUCUGUCAAGCCUCUCCUUCCUACUUACAUCCCUCCCCUUCCUGUCAGUUGUACCCCAGCAGCCCUACGGAGGAGUAUAUGAGGCUGUCGGACGUUUAUAAGAUGUACCACCGUGACAGCAGCAAGCCCGCCUCGCACGGCCGCUCGUUUGCCAUAGAUGCUACAUUAGCUGGCGCCUGCGAGGAGUAUGUGACAGUGGGCCAGUUAAAUCAGAUGUAUGGGAUGCCAAAGGUGGAGUCGUCCCCUACCUCCCCGCUUCGCCAGCCCCUGCAGUCUGGAGCCGUAGACCCCGCCUUCUCCUGCCUCCCCUCUCCUCAUGGCUCCUCCCUCUCUCUCUCUGUGGAGUACCAGGCUGAGGGCAGUAGGCCUCACCUGCCCAAGCUAGAUUUAGAGCAGUGGUACCAGGAGCUGAUGGCUGACUCCAGUCAGCUAUGUCCUCCCCCUCUGCCAGCCAAGUGUCUCUCGGGCCGCAGGCCUGUGCUGCAGGUGUUCCGCUCAAAGCUGGACAGUGAUCCAGGACUUUCUCUUCAUCAGCCCAAAUCCGGCUCUGCCUCCCCUCUGCAGCAGGGAGCAGCAACACUGGGACGCAACUCAAGCUCCAAGCAGAGCCCCCUGCUGGUGGCCAACAGCACUGGCAGUCUGCCCAGGAACCUGGCUGCAACCCUGCAGGACAUCGAGACCAAGAGGCAGCUCGCUCUGCAGCAGAAAGAGCCCCUGACCUCCAGACACAACCCCGUAGAGGAAAGCUCAGCAGGUCAGCAGGUGAUUGAAGAACAGCGUCGUCGUCUGGCCGAGCUCAAACAGAGAGCGGCGGCGGAGGCUCAGUGCCAGUGGGAGGCGCUCCACGGCUCUCAGACCCACCUCAUGACUGUGUCCUCCUCGUCGCCCUCCUACUCCCCCAUCAUGGCCUACAGCCCCACACUGAGCCACAGCUCUAUGGGCCCCCCUCCCAUGGUUCACCACUCCAUCCUGCACCACCAGCCCCCGUCAGCCGGAGAGCAGCCGUACGACACUCUGAGCCUGGAGAGCUCCGACAGCAUGGACACCAGCGUGUCCACGGGGAACAACUCGGCCUGCUCGCCAGACAACAUGUCCAGUGUCGGAGGAGUGGACUCGCUGAAGAUCGAGGAGAUGGAGAAGAUGCUGAAGGAGGCGCAGCUGGAGAAAGCCAGACUCAUCGAAUCACGGGAACGAGAGAGCCUGGCUCGCCGUCAGAUGCUGGAGGAGGAGAGGAGGAGGAGGGAGGAGGCGGAGAAAAGACUGCAGGAUGAAACUUUCCACCGGCAGCAGCUCGUGGAGAAAGAGGUCAAGAUGAGGGCCAAGAACUUCUCUCAGGCUCGUCCUAUGACUCGCUACCUGCCCAUCAGGAAGGAGGAGUUCGACCUGCGCUCUCACGUGGAGUCGUCAGGCCACAGCGUCGACACCUGCUACCACAUCAUCAUCACCGAGAAGAUGUGCAAGGGCUACCUGGUGAAGAUGGGAGGCAAGAUCAAGUCCUGGAAGAAACGCUGGUUCGUCUUCGACCGCCUCAAGAGGACCCUCUCCUACUACGUUGACAAACACGAGACCAAACUGAAGGGUGUGAUCUACUUCCAGGCGAUAGAGGAGGUCUAUUACGAUCACCUCCGCAGUGCCACCAAGAGCCCCAACCCCUCGCUGACCUUCUGCGUGAAGACCCACGACCGGCUCUACUACAUGGUGGCCCCCUCAGCCGAGGCCAUGAGGAUCUGGAUGGACGUCAUCGUCACGGGAGCGGAGGGAUACACACAGUUCAUGAACUGAGAGCGAGAGAGCGGAGGUGAUGAGCUAAUAGUUUCGGCAGGGACUCUCCCAUCACAGACUCUGUAGGCCCUUCUUCCUGUUUCCAGUCCACCGCAGACACCACGCCUUGUUUUUAUUCAUUUUUAAUCUCACCUUUUGAUUUUUCUGUGUCGACGUUCACCUCCGCGUUUUCUACGUGAUUCUGUUUGGAUUUAAAAAGGGAGCCCGUGAAGGACACACACACACACACACACACACACACACACACACACACACACACACACACACUCUAUUGUAUAUAAACCAAAAUGUAAACCGGUCAGAGACUUUUAAAAAGCCUUUCUAUAUUGCCAAAUGGAGAUCUUGUAGUUGCUGAUUGAACCUUUUGUAUUAUUUGUUUCCCUUCUUUCUUUUCUUUUGUUUUUGUUUUGUUUUGUUUUUUUACUCAUGGAGAAAUUUGCCAAAUGACAUAAUGCCAAUGUUUUUCUUUGAGUGUUCAUCAUGACUAUGCUCAGUUCAGACAGAGAGACUCUAAACGAAUUGUUUUAGAAAUAUAUUUGAAAGAAUCUUAUUCACUAUGUUGUAAAAAUGUAUGAGAUAUAACAGAAAUCAGUGAGUGAGCAGAGACUGGAGAUGAGUCCACCACAUUUAAAUCACUUCAUCCUCCACGUCCACAGUGGUCACGUCACCUCAGUGCUGCUCUUAGACAGAAGAUUAACACUAAAUAUAAGUGCAAAUCAUGUGCAGAAUAUUCAGCUUCAUCCCAGUCAUAUCACUUCCCUUAGGUUUAAUCAGAGUAAUUGGAGGUAUUUUGUUAGACAACAGCUCAGGAGUUCAUUCUGCAGUUCGCUCUAUGGUUUGUCCAGUAUACAGAUUGGGAAGCCUCUGCUGAUAUUAGCAUUAAAGCUGCUAAUGAGUAUCAUAUCCUGCUGUAUUGAGAAUAUUUCAAUAAUUAAUAUGCUUCACUAAACCCAGAACAAUGACUGAAUUUUCAGGCUCAGCACACUUUGGAGGAGUAGUUUGAUAUUUUAGGAUACGCAGGUUGGUUAUUUCCUUUCUAAAGGCACAAGAUGAUUAGCUUAGCUUAGCACAAAGAUUGGAAGCAAGUUGUGGUUUAUCGUGGACUCUUUAUGCUAAGCUAAGCUAACAGUCUCCUUGCUUUAGCUGCUUUCAUGCCAAAAGUUUGAUAAGAAACAUCGAUACCACUCUUGUAUCUGUAUAUGCUAAUAUCAAGCUAAAGCCAUUAGCGGAUUAGCUUAGCCUAGCACAAAGAUUGCAAGCAAAGGGAAACAAGCUAGCCUGGCUCUGUCUGAACGCUAAAAUAAAAGAAAAAAAAAAAGAAGACAAGUUGCGGCUUAUCAUGGAGUCUUUAUCCUACGCUAAGCUAACAGUCUCCUUGCUCUAGCUUAUUUUAUCUAAGCUCUGCUUUGUGUCAGAAGUUUGGUAAGAUGUUUGAUACCACUCUCCUAUCUGUAUGCUAAAUAUGAAGCUAAAGCCAGCAGCUGGUUAGCUUAGUACAAAGACUGGAAGUAAAGGGAAACGGCUAGCCUGGUUCUGUACUAAAACUCACCAGGUAACAUGUUAUAUGUUGCCUCUAUAGUUGGUAAGCAGACUUUUUCUCACAAGAAAGUAAAAAAGCAUGAUUGACAAAAUCAAAGUCACUUCUUUUACUUUGAAGGUGGAUUUUUCUCUUUUGGUGGGAUCCAUGUACUUCCUGUUUUUGUGCUAAGCUAGGCUAAACAUGCCUUUAAUCUCUUUCACUGGAUCAUAGCCGAGGCUGAUUCCCCCGAAAAACCCUGUAUAUUGGUUGAACCAUAACUGCCACAUUCUCUGUGUACUUGUGAACAUGUUGAAGAGGAAUAUCUCAUCUGUCAUCAUUUUGCCACCUCAAGGUGCAAACUGCAUGUCUACAUGUGCACACACACACACACACAAACACAAACACACACACUCACUCACGUAAACUAAAGAAGCUUGACUGUUUGCCAAGUAGCCUUUAGCUAACUGGAUGAUGCGACUACACAGCUGGGAAGCAGCCAUCAUCACUGCCAGCCUACAGGAACCACGAUUAGAGGGCGCUACAGAGACCAGGACCACGCAGGAUCAACAAUACGGACUAAUGCAAAUCCAGAACUGUGCCUUGACUAUGUGUUGUUAUUGAUGCUGUGUUUGUGAGUCCAGCACAGCCUCGCUGGAAGGCUACAAUCAUACAAAUGCGUUUUAAUGCAUUUCUGAGCUGUAAUGCAGUAUGUGGACAGAUUCAGACUUUAUGAUGGAGGUAUCCGCCUGUAGCAUCAUUACAGGCAGAUACCAGAGGCUCUGAUUACACUGGGGAUCAACUAGUUCACAUUUACAAAACUCUGAAUGUACAAAAUCAUAUCGGUCCAUUUAUGUUGUUAAAUGUUGCAGUUUAAUUGAUCAUAAUCAUUAGGAGUGCUAAUUAUCUCUUGAGGAGCAAAAGACUACAAAUUAAUAGAAAUAAGAUAACAGGUAAUAGAAAGAUGUGGGCAUUUCAAGUGUAGUAUUUAGUGUUUGUGACCAAAGACUAAAAGUCUUGGCCUAAUAUUUUGUACAUUCAGUCGUGUAACUUAGUUUGCCAACUUUUAAUUUACAAUAGACUGUUAACUGUAUGAAUUCAGACUGAAAUUUCAAAACAAGGGCACGGAAAAGAAAAAAAAAAGGAUGAUUUUUGGUAGAAAAUCGAAUCUUUUGCCUUAAAAACAAAACAAAAAAAAUCUUUUAAUUUGCUGCCACGUCAUUAAUUCAGACACACUUUACUUCCUGCUUUGAAUCCCCACUGUGAGCUGAGGCCUGAUAAAGAAAACACUCGUAUCUUCAGCUUUAACAGACUCUAACCGACCGGGGCUUCGCCUGGUCUUCGUCGUCGUGUUGAUUGUCACAUUGUGAAUCUAUUGAUCGGCCGGUUUGUAGUCAAUGCGUCCCUGGAUGCUGUUUUCUGUGUUUGUGGAAGCAGAGGACUGACAGACUGUGAUUUCUAUGGAGCAUGUGGAACUGUUGUUGAUAUAGUUUCAUGUGUUGGUACAGUAACGAUAAUUUAUGAUUGUGGUGCCUGAGAUAGUGACAUGUUUACUUCUAAAACAUGAAGUAGGAGUUCAGUGAAAAGACUUUAAUAUAUUCUGCCCCCCUCCCUCCUCCUCCUUGCCUUUUUAACAUGUGCAAACCAAACUAUUCAACACUGGCAAGGCUGUUAAAUCAUGUCUGUUGAUAGUAGAUGGUAUAAACAUUACUGUUGUUAUCAAUGUUGAAAGGAAACUAAAUAAACUGUAGAGGAUGCCUGAAUGAAAAAAUAAUAUUACUAUUGAGAUGAAACAGUAUUGUAUGAAAAUAAGUACAGUUUUUACUUAUUUUUGUCAUUUUAGAAAUUUUAUUGUCAGUCAGUUACAUUUUAAAUUGUAUGGUAGUGAUAUAUCGAUCUACCUUUUUUAUUACUGGUACAGCAGAACACACAGAAUAACUCACCUAGCACUCACGUGACUGUACUUAUUUUUUUCUAGAAAGUAGUUCCUGUUUCAAUCACACACACACACACACACACAAACUUACACUUACACACACACUCUGAAUCAAUACUCGGACCAUACUGUGUUAUUGGUACCCUGUACGUCUCAUGCGUCACUUUCAGGUAUGAAUAAUAUGGAUUUUGUCAAAUCUAUUAAAAACAAAACUGUUACAGAG